AUGGAAGAGGAGUUCCCAAAGAAACCUGUCUCUGUAAAGCUGGGCCCGUUUGCCUAUGAUGACUAUGGGGUCACGGUGAACGGGAUUCCUCGAGCGUCCUCAGAGCUCUUGGGAAGGGUGUUCCCCGAAGACUCAUCGACAGCCUCCCGUCACAAACCGAACAAGCGAUGGAUCACGGCCCAGCUGCAGCAUUUCGGGCUCGACUUCCAGCCAACUGAUAGAACUACCCAGCUGAGAGCUAUUCUGGAGAACGCGUACAAGGAUGGACAGUGCAACUGUCUCGCACCAGCCACGGUCUCCCUAGAAAAGACGCUGUCCGGCAUGUAUGAGAAGAUGCAAGACAAUUACGAAGUCAAGAAGCAACACUGGCGGAUGACGAAGUUUGCCGGGCUGACAUCCCCGUCCGAGGAAGCCCUCUUCGAUGCCUCUCUAUUCAUGGCCAAGUAUUUCCUGACCGAGGAGAACGGUCUUCCCGACAAGGAAAAGCAGAAGGAGGCUCUGAUCCUGCAGAAUGUCGUGGGAUGUCAGUUUGAGAACGCCACCAAGGGCAUUCCUGGGCUUGCCGUGUGCAUCACAUCCCCAGUGACAGUCGUGGGUUGGGAAGACACCUUCUCCCGCGGGAUGGACGCCGGCUUUGCCAAACUCGCCGAAACCCAGUGUCCGAUCCUACGGUGCACAUUCGAAGCCAACUUCGACCUGGGCCGUUUCAUGGCCAAAUACUUUCUGGAUGGUCCGAAUGGUCGCCCCGAUCUAGAGAAAACGCCGGACCCCAUUACACUCAUGCCGAAGUUGGAGGAAAGGCUGUACGAGCCUCUUGCGGCCGCUGUUUUAGCGAUUCCGGGCCUGUAUGUCCGCGGUACUAUCAAGAAGGGCGGCGUGUGGUCAUUUCUCGGCUGGGACAUCCAUAAGAUCAUGCACGAACUGGAAGAAACUAACAGAGUUGGCGACAGCGAAAGAAAGCUUAAUGACAGCUUGUUCGAUACGGUGUGGAGCACGAAGCUGGAGCGGCAUUCCGAAUAUCUGGAAGGCCGUGAUGCCCCGACGGGUCCGCUUCAAAUGGCCGAUCUCAAAGGCCAAUACAUUGUUCGCUGCGAGGCGAUCGAUCCUUGGGGUAUGGAAGACCUGUGGCUGACCAUUCAUCGGAAGGACCCUCGAGAUCUGGGAACCAACGCGGGAUUCUUCCUGGGCGAUUUCAAAGGGACGAUGUUGUUGGCGUCGUCCUGCGAUGCGCUGGGCCAGACGCGGAAGGCGUAUGAGGCUCGAUGGGAGAAGAAGCAACCCCCCUUCUUCUCUGGCAACCCGGAUCGGAAUAACCGUGAGCCCUCGACGAUUCGCCGGUUUGAAGACCCCUCCAAGACCACCCGCGUAUACUUGCAGUGGGCUGGAACGGUCAGCAAGUGCAACCACGUCGACGAUCAGAACGUGCAGAUUGGCUAUCUGGACUUCGCUGACUCCAUGGCCGAGGCUCAUGGCGUCAUCAUGGGACCUGCCUUUGAAGGCCGGAGUUACCCUUGGUCGAUCUAUAAACACUCGGACACCCCGGGGGGUUGGGCCAGCCCAUGGACGAGCUUCGAUUACUGGGCGGGCUACGAGGGCCGCAUUAGGCACGGCGAGAUGGCCAUGUCU